CCCGCGGAGGGCCCCAGCUGCCACCAUGGAGGUGAACCAGCUCUCCAACACUGAGGAGCAGAUCCAGGAGCUGAAAACCAUCACGCGACUCCAGGAGCAAUGCCGGGCGCUGCAGCUGCAGUCGGUGAAGGAGAACACGGAGCGGAACCUGUCCACGCUGGCCGCCCUGCACGGGGACGUCCGCCGCCAGGCCCUUGAGUGGGCCCUGACCCAGAAAUCGGACCAGCGGAUCGUCUCCAAGGCCUGCGGGAAGAACCUGCCGCUGAAGCUGGCGCUCUCGCACAGCACCGUGGAGGUGGUGCGGGAGAAGCUCUGCAAGCUCGUGCUGGAGCGCGUGAACGCGCACAACGCGCUGCUGCACCUGGCGCGCCGGCGCGGGCGCACGCUGGAGCGGCUGCGGCGGGAGCUGGCGCGCGCGCGCGGCUACGGGCCCGCGUCCCGGGAGGCGCAGCGGCAGCUGCAGGCCAUCCGCCAGCUGGAGAACAGCAUCGAGAAGAAGCUGACGCUCAUCGCCGCCACGCAGCACGUCCGCCUGCUCUACGAGCGCCUGCGCGAGCACCUGCGGCGGAUGCUGUGUGGGUACCCCAAGCUGCUGGACAGGCUGCAGAGCAAAGUGACUGACUACUGUUUGGAGCUGACGGACAUGACGGCCAUGUCCCAGGAGGCCAUAAAAAUCACAGAUGGGGUGAAGAGGAACAUGAAGAAGAUGGAGACGACGUUCAUGGAGGAGCGCAGGGCCCGGGAGGAGCGCCUCAGCCAGCAGAAGCGGGUCAACGACAAGAUCCGUGCCAGGGACGUGAGCGAGAAGUUCCGCCGCCAGGGCCAGCAGGACAGACACUUCGCCUCCAGCCCGCUGAGCGCCAGCAGCCCACGGGUGAAGAGCAGAGAGCCCAGCAGGGUGGACAGCCAGUACCAGAACUCCGUGAGGAAGCUGGUGGAGCAGGUCAAGAGCUCCGUGCAGUGCUCACACCUCUGGGACAUCACUGGGCGCUUCCAGGCGCAGAGGCACACAGAGGAGAACCUGGAGGUGCAGAUGCGGGAGUGCACGGAGCGGCAGGCACAGCUGCAGGCCCUGGGGCAGCAGCUGGAGCUGGAGGAGAUGGCACUGAAGUUCCGCCAAGCCCCCUCCUUGGUCAGCUCCAAGUCGGCGGAGGGGAGGAUUCAGGUGAGACUGAGAGACGAGCAGGAGCGGCUGCAGCUGGCCCACGCCAGCAUGGUCAAGCGUCAGCAACUGCUGCUGACCAUGGAGAUGGGCGUCAACAACCUCUACUUCCGGCUGAUAGGAGCCACACUGCCUGAAGCCCAGAAGGCAGUGCUGCCUCCAAAGCCGCUGGGUAUGUUCGACAAGCUGGCGUACUGCGAGGAGAGGCUCGUGCAGCUGGCCAAGAGGACACAGAUGCUGACCAAGACAGAGGAGAUCAGCGCUAAGGUGAGGGAUGCCCUGGAGUCCUCCACGCUGAAGGAGAGACUCAACUACAGGAUUCGCUUCAAGGAGCUGGAGGACGAGGAAGACGUGAUAGAGACCUUAUUCAGCGAGGCGGACCAGAGCUACGUGCCUUCGCGGGCCGAGAUCAAGAACCAAGCGCAGGAGCUGAUAAGCGGCAGGCUUCGGGGGUCCAAAAAGAGGAGGUGACCUCUCCGGCCC